AUGGUCCAUCGCAAUUCCAAAGACAAUGAGAUGGAUGGCAACGAUGCUAUACCCGCUGUUCAUGCACUAUGCGUUUAUUGUAAUAAAGAAGAAUCCGAAGAUAUCAACUGGGUUCAAUGCACCAAUUGUGAGCAAUGGGCCCAUUUUUCCUGCGCCGGCGUCGACAAUACGAUUACCGAAGUGGAAUGGUAUUGCUUGCGAUGUGUUCGAUCUGCUAAUCAACUGACAAUUCCUAAGCCAAGUAAGGCAAGAUCGAAUAAAGGUAGGUCGGCUGCGAAAAGCGACUCGGGAUCUGCUCGGGACAGUAAUAUUGCUCCGGAUCUAACUGAAGAGCAAUUCGAAGAGGCACAACUCGAACGCGAGAGAGCCUUUGCCAGACAGAUUGAGAUCCGGGAGAAAAGAUUGCGCCGGGAAAUCGAAUGGAAUGCCAAACAGCUAGAAUUGGAACGAAAAAUGCGCACGAUGGAGCUCGACGCCCAAAGAACGAUGUUGGAAGAAAAACUGAAACAAGAACAGGAAAUGUUAAAUAGUCAGCUGGCGGCGGAGCAGGAAUUUGUAAAACAGCGCGACAUUAUUCGAAACCAGCUGAUCAACAGUCGUCAGAAUGUCCAGUCAUUAAUGAACGCCGAAGGCAUCGUGUUGCAGGAGCAAACCAGCAAAAAGGUGAAAACUUGGUUAGAAAAUCAGGAGAAGGUUGUAGCGAAGCCAGGAGGAGACGUUCGCGGAGCAUAUAAAAAGGGUGGGAAGCCAAAACUCGACGCGACGCUGGAAGAUCUAAAAAACAAAUUCAACCGUACGCUAUUUGAGGAUGAACUGUUACCGGCUAGCGAGGAAGGUACGGACCACGACGGGUACGAUGAAACCGCUGACACGGACGGGAGUGACGAUGUACAACAGGCUGGUGCCCCUGGGAGUCAAGUUGUGACAGUUGAAAAAAUAUUCAGGUUGACUCGCGAACAGAUUGCCACAAGAAAAGUAGUAUCUAAAACGCUCCCUAAAUUUAAUGGAGAUCCAGAGACAUGGCCGUUAUUCAUUAGUAGCUUCGAGCACACUACUAAAGCUUGCGGAUAUUCCAAUAUCGAGAACCUGGAUCGUUUGCUGAACAGUUUAGAGGGAGAAGCACUUAAUGCAGUGAGGAGUAUGCUGGUGCUCCCAGAGUCAGUACCUGAAGUGAUUCAGGACCUACGUCGAUUAUUUGGACAACCAGAAAAACUACUGCGUACUUUGCUAAAUAAAGUCAGACGUGUUUCGCCGCCGACAACAGACGAUCUGCAAACCUUCGUCACAUUCGGCAUAACGGUCAAACACCUAUGCGACCAUUUAGAGGCUGCGCAUCUUCUGGACCAUCUUCGUAACCCGUUGCUAGUGCAACAAUUAGUAGAAAAGCUGCCCCCAGAAUAUCAAAUGAAAUGGGUAGAGUACAAACGCGCAAAAAAGGGACCGCCGCUACGAUUGUUUACAGACUAUAUCACGUGUAUUGGAGAUGUCGCAUCCGAAGCAGUAGCCUAUUCUAUGACAGCGAGCGAAGCAGUACGAUACCCUAAAACUAAGUUCUCCAAAACGAAAGAGUUCGUAUACGUUCACGAGUCGGCAGACGAACAAGUACAAGAAAUGCGAAGUGAAAAGGUUACUAAAGCAUGUUGGAUCUGUAACCGAACGGACCACAGAAUCCGAUUUUGUGAUGAUUUCCGGAAGAUGAAUAUUGUAGAACGGCUGGAAGCGGUAGAGAAGCAAAAGUUGUGUGGUAUCUGCUUGAAUAAACACGGCGACAAACCGUGCGGGUUUAAGUCGCGUUGUACUAUUACAAACUGUAAAGGUGCACAUCACACACUGUUGCAUCGGGUAGAAGAAUCUGUGCAACUUCAGAAAAUUGAGUGCAGUGUACAGAAGCAUGCUCAUCGAUCAAUUAUUUUCCGUAUGAUACCGGUAACGCUAUAUGUAGCAGAUAAGCAGUAUGAUACUUUAGCGUUCCUCGACGAGGGGUCGUCCACCACAUUGAUAGAAGAAACAGUAGCAAAACAGUUAAAUGCGACCGGAGUUCAGGAGCCGUUGAUCGUCACCUGGACGGAAAACAUUAAUCGUUUCGAAAACAGUUCCCGUAAGGUGGAAUUAAUGCUGUCGGCUCGAGGUUCGUGUGAGAAGAUUUGUUUGGCGAAUGUCAGAACAGUAUCGGAAUUGGUAUUACCGAAACAAGGCAUGCAAUUUGCAAAACUAGAAAAACAGUACCCUCACUUGGCUGGCUUGCCGGUGAGAGAUCAUCCAGCGGAACGAGCGUCUAUCUUAGUGGGUCUCGAUAAUAUACAUCUGUUCGCGCCCUUGGAGUCACGUGUGGGGCAACAAUAUCAACCGAUCGCUGUACGUUCAAAAUUAGGCUGGACGGUAUAUGGUCCAGAAAAGCAAAAACAUUUAGCUAGUACCUAUCUUAACAUGCAUUCAGUCACGCCAGUGACCAAUCAACAGCUACAUGAUUUGAUGCGCACGCAGUAUACUUUGGACGAUGUUGGGGUUGCAAUAUUUGGCUUACCAGAACCUAAAGAAGAACAACGAGCCAAAUCAAUUUUAAAAGCGACAACGAAGCGAAUAGGCGAACGAUAUGAAACCGGGCUGCUGUGGCGAGAGGAUAUAAGACGAUUCCCAGACAACUAUCUGAUGGCAACACAAAGAUUAAAGGCAUUAGAACGCAAACUGGAUAAGCAUCCGGCGUUAAAGGUUAACGUGGUGCAGCAAAUAGAGAACUAUCAAAUCAAAGGCUACGCACAUAAGAUAACUGAAGCUGAAAUUAAUAACACGCCAAGUUCUGCGACCUGGUAUUUACCGAUAAAUGUGACUCUAAAUCCACACAAGCCCGGCAAAGUAAGGCUCGUCUGGGACGCUGCCGCGUCUGUAAAGGGUAUAUCGCUGAAUUCGGAACUACUAAAGGGCCCAGACAUGCUCGUCUCUCUUCCGAAAGUCAUAUGCCAUUUCCGGGAGCGUCCGAUAGCGAUAGGAGGGGACAUCCAAGAGAUGUACCACCAGAUUCGCAUUAGGUCUGAAGACAAACAAGCGCAGCGGUUCUUAUUUAGAUCAGACCCGAUGGAGAUAUCACAGGUGUAUGUCAUGGAUGUGGCCACAUUUGGCGCUACUUGUUCGCCGAGCUCCGCACAAUUUGUUAAAAAUUUGAAUGCGGAGCAGUUUGCGAAAAGGUACCCUGAGGCUGCAGCUGCGAUCAUAAAUAGGCACUAUGUGGACGAUUAUUACGAUAGCUUAGAUACUGUGGAAGAUGCUAUCCAAAGGGCUAAGGAAGUGAAAUAUAUCCACGCGAAAGGCGGCUUUCAUAUCAGAAAUUGGCUAUCAAAUUCAGAAGAGUUUCUUAGGCAACUUGGUGCAGGCAGUAGAAUGGAGACAGUUCACUUCAACCAUGAAGCUAGCACAGAAUGUGAGCGUGUAUUGGGAAUCGCUUGGGAGCCAGCCUCAGAUAGGUUCUGCUUCACAACCACGACAAAAAUAGAGGAGAUGACGGUUGAUUGCGAAAAUUAUCCGACAAAGCGAAUCGUGCUCAGCGUAGUAAUGGCGCAGUUUGACCCUCUCGGAUUCAUAUCUCCUAUAACCGUGCGUGGAAAGAUGCUUAUUCAGGAUCUUUGGAGAACCGGGUGUGAAUGGGACGAACCCAUCGACACGGUGUCGUUCGCCAAAUGGACGCGAUGGAUAAGAAUGAUGAAAAGGCUUGAGUUCUUCAAGGUACCGCGUAGCUAUUUUGGGGAUGCCAAGUCUGGAGAGAUCAAAAAUAUAGAGCUGCACCUAUUCGCUGACGCUAGCGAAUCGGCUUACGGAUGCGUUGCAUAUUUUCGUGCAAGCGUGAGAGGCAAAAUUGCAUGCGCGCUGGUCAUGGGUCGUUCGAAGGUAGCUCCACUCAAACAGAUCUCAAUACCACGUUUAGAGCUUAUGGCCGCAGUCCUUGCGGCUCGAAUGUCACGAACGGUGUGCGAAAACCAUAGCUUCGCCAUUGAGAAAAUCGUGUACUGGAUUGAUGCGAGUGUUGUGCUGUCGUGGAUUAGAUCCGACCAGCGUAGAUACAAACAGUUUGUUGGAUUUAGAAUAGGCGAAAUCCUCAGUUUAACUAAAUUGGCUGACUGGCGUUGGGUACCGACUACACUCAAUGUAGCGGAUCAACUCACGAAAUGGGGAACAGAUCCACAACUGCAUUCAGAUAGUGUUUGGUUAAGGGGGCCGAGGUUCCUAUACCAAAGCGAGCACGAGUGGCCUAAGAAAGAGUUAUCUCCAGCGAACACGACCGAAGAACUACGCAUCCACUUAUUGCUGCACGAUGUGAAGCUACAAGAAAAUGUCAUCGACGUGUCAUCAACUCGCAUUUCAAAAUGGGCUGUGUUGGUGCGGACUAUGGCGUGUGUGUUCAGAUUUAUUUCCAAUUGUAGGUUAAAGGUAAAAGGGCUACCGAUCGAGACAUUGAAACCAACAGGUUGGCAGCUGAAAUUAUUAAAGCCAAACAGGAUUACACAUGCACGAGUACCGCUGCGGCAAGAAGAAUAUGAAAAGGCAGAGCAGUGUUUGCUGAAAGCAGCACAGGAGGAAUGCUUUGCAGACGAAAUUAAGGUACUGAAACGAAACAAGAAUCGUCCGAUAAAUCAAUGGCUCACAGUUGAAAAGUCUAGCUGCCUGAGCAAACUUACACCUUUAAUUGAUGAAGCGGGAAUCAUUCGAAUGGAAGGCCGUUGUGCACGUGCAGAGACGCUGCCUUUUGACCUACGCUUUCCGAUAAUCUUACCGGCAGGUAGUAGAGUAACAUACAUGAUCGUCCAGCAUUUUCACGAACAAUGUGGCCAUGGGUAUAGGCAGAUGGUAAAAAACGAGCUACGGCAGCUAUAUUAUGUGAUCCACGCAGACGCUGUCGUAAGAAAAGUAUCAUCGUCUUGUGUAUGGUGCAAGGUUCAUCGCAAUAGCCCCAAUGUACCCCGAGAAGCUCCGUUGCCGUUGCAACGGCUUACCCCUGGGCUUCGCUCUUUCAGUUUUGUCGGCAUUGAUUAUUUGGGACCCUUCGAAGUAGCUGUUUUACGCCGAAAGGAAAAACGUUGGAUUGCACUGUUUACUUGCUUGGCAACACGAGCGGUACACUUGGAGGUGACUCACAGCUUGACGACCCAAUCCUGCUUGAUGGCAAUAAGCCGUUUCGUUGGCCGACGAGACUGGCCGAUUGAAUUUCUAUCGGACAACGGAACUAAUUUUCAAGGCGCUAGCAAAGAGCUGAGAGAACUGAUGAAAGAUAUAAAUUUCGACUGCGCUGAUGCUUAUACCAAUGCAAGGACGCGGUGGAGUUUCAACCCCCCAGCAGCUCCCCACAUGGGAGGUGUCUGGGAGCGCAUGGUCCGCUCGGUCAAGGAAGCCUUGAGAGCCCUAGACGAUGGUAAGCAGCUAACGGAUGAAAUUCUGCAGAUAGCCAUCGUAGAAGCAGAGGAUAUGAUCAACUCGCGACCACUGACGUAUGUGUCUCAGGAUGCCCCUGAAGCAGAUGCGCUGACCCCGAAUCAUUUUCUUCGGGGUCCUCCGUCUGAUCUGCAAAAUGUAGCAUUACCGUCUCCACAUCCGUCCCAAGCGCUCAGAGAUACAUAUAAGCGUUCUUGCCAGGUUGCCAGUGGAUUAUGGCAACGAUGGAUCAAGGAAUAUGUUCCGUCGUUGAACAAAAGGAGUAAAUGGUUUGGCGAAACAAGACCUCUUAAGGCUGGUGACUUGGUCUACAUCGUAGAAGGUGGCAGUAGGAAGUGCUGGGUACGUGGUGUAGUGGAAGAGCCAAUAGUGUCAAGCGACGGGCGCAUUCGGCAGGCGUGGGUGCGCACCAAGACGAAAAGGUAUAAAGGCGACAAGUAA